AUGACUGGUGGGUUUAUAAGCAAGGCCAGGAAACGGAUUUCUUGGUCCAAGAAGUAUGAUCGGAUUGUGGAGGAGUCCACAGAUUCGUUCAAUUCCUCUGCUCACAAGAAGCUUCAGGUUGACCAAAUUGUUUCCAUGACGGAGUUGACAAACUAUUCAGACAACUCUUGUUGGGAUGAACUCAAGAUUGCAGAAUGCCAAUCUUGCUCGUCUCGAUUGAUGAUCCGCAACAAUGCACGGAAGAAAAAGGUAAAGAAAAAAGGCGGCCCCCUGAGGGAACGGAACCGCCCCUUCUUGCCACCAAAGAGACCCUCCUCCUCCUUCUCCACCAAGUCUGCUUCAAAUGCCUCAGCCUCAGCCUCUUCCAGAAACUCAAGAAACUCAAACUACUACUACAUGGAGAUGGAUGACCAUGAAAACCAGGAUGAUGAUGAACCCUUGCUUCAUUGGGCACAGUUGCCGUUUGCCAAUGCGUCGCAAGAGCAGCGAGAAUUUCUACCUGUCACAUUGGGCGUAGAAAUCUAA